AUGGGCGUGCAUUACUUCGCGCAAAUGGCCGCACAGGACUGGGUGGCGAUUGCCAUCAUGGGUGGGGUCGGCACGCUGGCCCUUUGCAUGAAUGCUGUCGCUGGGAAAACGAUAUGGCAAAAUGCGGGUUUGAGCAUCACGGUGAAAACCUAUUUCUAUGCCGAACACACACUGCGCAUCGUCAUGUCGAUCAUGGCGUACUACGUUGUCGCUCAAUCAAUUAUUCGCUUCGACGCGCCAGCUCCUCGAUCGAAUAUUACAGGAGUCAGCUAUGAGUUUCGGGGCGACGCCUACGAUUUAACGAAAACUUAUGAGGACUUUUACUACGCAUCCCCGGUUACUGAGAAGCGUACUGUAGAUGAAAUGGCGGAUCAAAAAGAGUUCUGGGCCAAAGAUCUUAAUCGAUUAUGCGCUUUCUAUUUUGUGGUCUGUCAAUUUGCUGUGGAUUACCUGCAACUUGGACUUUCGGUGAAUCGCGUGGCAAGCGUUGUAGCUAGGGGAAAAUAUCUGAAGCUAACUUCCAAAAAUCCUGUCGCACAAGUGAUGCUCUUCAUCUCCAUUCCGUUCCAGCAACUAUACAAACCGUUAUAUUACCAAUCGCUCGUGUUCGACAAGUAUGAGCACAAUCUGUUCCGCGGUAGCAUGCCCUCGGCCAUCAACAUCGGAUUCGUCCUCGGGAAACUUCUUUGGAACAAGGCGGCGGAAUGGAAUGAGCUGACGUUGAUGCGUCACCUGAAGCUACUUGUGGCGGCUGUUGCCCUCGCUGCAGAUGGCGUCACGUUGAUGAUGCUGCGGAAGCUCUUGCGCAAUUCCACCGGCUUAUCGGUACGGGCCAAGGAAAGUCGAGCCGAUUUCCGUCUGGCACAACAGAUCUUUUUCAACAACUUUUUCACGUUCUUGGUUUGCUUGGCGACCGCCGAAUACCUGUACUUUAUUGACAAUGCUAUUGACACGAUUAUGAAGUCGGCAUUUUCGGGCCCAAACGACGGUUUCGAGGCUAAGACGAUCAUGUGGUCGUUCGGUAGCAAGGUGACUGGGGAUUGGCUAAUUAUCGCGUCGAGUCUGUACUUUCCAACUUUCGGAAACCUCGUCGCUGGG